UCAAACAUCAGCAUCCUCAGAGACCGGAGGGCUGCCCCAACAGCAUGGCAGAGCCUCUGCAGCUUCUGGAAGUGGGUGAGGGAUGGCGGGGCUUCAGGGAGCGAGACCGGUUUCCACACGUGUAAAGCACUUGGCCAGAGCCUGGCACAGGGAUGGAAAUUUCUCCUUUUCUCUGGAGUCAGUGAAGAAGCUCAAAGACCUCCAGGAGCCCCAGGAGCCCAGGGUUGGGAAACUAAGGAAAUUUGCACCCAUCCCUGGUGAACCUGUAGUUCCCAUCCUCUGUAGCAACCCGAACUUUCCAGAAGAACUCAAGCCUCUCUGCAAGGAGCCCAAUGCCCAGGAGAUACUUCAGAGGCUGGAGGAAAUCGCUGAGGACCCGAGCACAUGUGAGAUCUGUGCCUACGCUGCCUGUACCGGAUGCUAGGGGGGCUUGUCCACUGCCUGCCUCCCCUCUGCAGCAGGGAAGCUCUUUUCUCCUGCAGGAAGGGCCACCCAUGAUACUCCACUCCCAGCAGCUCAACCUACCCCGGUCCAGUUGGGAGGAGCAGCCUGGGGAGAAACUGGGUGACUGGAGGCCUCGCCCCAACACUGCCCUUCCGUGCCACU